UAUCGUCUCGUAUCGUAUCGCAGCUUCAUUCCAUCCCUCCAUCAUUAUUAUUGCUGAGACGCAUUUUGGGGUCUCUGUUUUCACUUGUCCUGCAGUCGCUCAGAGAGAUGGUCUGACGCGCUGGUUACCUACCUACCUACAACCACCUGAACUUUUCUGCUGGCCACCAUGCCGCGACCGUCGAAGACUCAUCACCGCCGCUCCAAUGGAGCGGCGACACCGCACAAGAACUCUCCUAUAAAGAUCCCCCUCAAUGAUGAUAUGGGCGAGAAAGCGGCGCGCAUGCAGUCGCGCCAGGCAAUGUAUGAUCGCCAAAUGGACCAGAUCAAAGCCGCUGUGAAGACACCGAUGCCUCCUCGCCGGGCAAACGCCUACGAUCGAGCGGGCAGUGACAGUCCAAACACCCCGCGGGCUUCCAUGCCGCGGGGUCGCGAGAGCGAUGUUAACGGUCGCAUGGAGCGCGCGAUGACUCCCAUGAAGAGAGUACCGAUUCUAGCCAAUUUUGAGGAAUGGAUGAAGAUGGCGACGGAUAACAAGAUUAACGCGAACAACUCGUGGAAUUUCGCCCUGAUCGACUACUUCCACGACAUGUCACUGUUGAGAGAAGGAGACGGAGUCAACUUUCAAAAGGCCAGUUGCACCCUGGAUGGCUGUGUGAAGAUCUACACGAGCAGAGUCGACAGUGUUGCGACAGAGACUGGAAAGUUGCUCAGUGGCUUAGCAGACAGCCGUGACCGUAAAGCGCAGGAGGCGGAAGCGGGAGGAGAAGAUGGAGAAGAUGACGAAGAAGAGGACGAGGACGGAGUGCGGAGGAGGGGCAGAAAGAAGACUCAACGGACACAUGAAGCGACCCUGGCACCAUCGUUCGCUUCUUUGCAGCUGAAGAAGUUCGAGCUCGAGUUCGCCGUAGACCCAUUGUUCAAAAAGGCCUCCGCUGAUUUUGAUGAGGGAGGCGCAAAGGGUCUGCUGUUGAACCACCUCUCCAUCGAUGGACAGGGACGAAUCGUCUUCGAUAGUAGUGACGAUGCCUUAGACGCCACCGCCGAGGCAGAAGCAAAGAACCGUGGAGAGACCGAAGAACGAGAGACCGAGGAGCCGGAUUCCGCUGCCCCAGCUGAGAGUCAAGAGAAGGAUCAAGAGAAGGAAGAGGCUGACGAGGGAAGCGUGCAAAUCGACUUAGCCCCCUUGGCUAGCAGAUUCUUCCCGGAUCUGGGCCGUCUAGACGAACAGGACAUAUGUCCUUCCCUCAAGAACUUAGAUCUUGGAGAUCCCAGUGGAUCCCUGGAUAUUCCUUUUUUGAAAGCACCAGAGGACUGGCGAAAUGAUAAAGACGACGACGAGGAUACCAGGAUGCGCGAUGCCUCGGGUAUCAUGUUGGACGAUGACAACGCAGUUGGUUUUGACGACGACGAUGCCACAUUUACUGGAUUCGAUCUUGGUGGAGAAGCCGGCUUCGGUGAAGGUGGUGAGGCAUGGGCCAGAGAUGCUGCACUGGAACCCAUGCUCAAGGUACAGCGUGUUGACCGAGAUGACGACGACCCCGACGGUGACGGCGAAUUCAACAAUGAAGAUGCGUAUGCCAUCUCACUAUCUCACCAAACGGCCAGUAAGGAGCACGAGAACAUCCUGAGCUACUUCGACAACGCUCUGCAGAAGAACUGGGCCGGUCCAGAGCACUGGAAGAUCCGAAGAAUUAAAGAGACAACCGCUUCCAGUGCGACAAACGCGGGCCCCAGACAGCGGAAAGAGAAGGAACCUUUUGAGAUUGAUUUUGGAGCACCCUUGGAUCCCACGAUUGCGGAAUUGAUCUACACCCAGGCCAGCUCAAAUUCUACCAUCUCCCUGCCCAAGACCCAGUGGAAGACCAAAGGCCGUAAUCUCCUCCCAGAUGAUAAACACUUCAACUCACGCCAGCUACUGCGCCUCUUCCUAAAGCCCAAGGCCCAAAUGGGAUCCAAGAAGUUCGGCCGGCAGGCAAACGGCAAUCGACAACAGGCACAGGCAGCUCCCAAUGGCGAGAUGGAUGAAGCGUUUUGGGCCAACCACAAGACGGAGGACGACAGCGCGCGAGCGGACGAGGGUGCUGCAGGUGCCUACGACGCCGACUUCUUCGCUGAUGAUGAUGGGCUCGCUUUCCCCAAUGGUCUACCUAUUGGGGAUGAUGACGAUGAUAAUUUCGCAGAUGCGAGAGAGAUGUUCUCGCCACCCUUGGACUCUGAAGCACGCCCGACGACGUCUGCCGGUGGUGGGCCUUCCGGACUCAGUGCGCUCUUGAACCUGGUGGGCGCAACACCCGCAUCAUCGCUACAACCCAACGCUGGCGGCUUUGGUUCCCAACUGGUGACCCAGGGUGGAAGGAGACUGCGCCCGGAGUACGUGGCAUACGCACGAGUAGCCAAGAAGGUCGAUGUCCGGAGACUGAAGGAGGAACUGUGGAAGGGCAUGGGCGACUCGUUGAUCGAGUCGAUGGAUUUCAACUCAGCCUCUGGUGUGACUGCACCUCCUCCUCGUCCUGCUGAGGACACCAUCAUGGAAGACGCACCGCCUACUCCCACGCCGAUCAACCACCUUAAGAGAAGCGCUCCGGCCGACGAGGAGACGCCACCGGAGAAGAAGGGACAGCUCCGCUUCACUUCCAUUAUGAACAACCUGAAAACCGUCUACCCGGAGCAGGCCCUGCGGGAUAUCAGCACAUCCUAUGGUUUCAUCUGUCUGCUCCACCUGGCCAACGAGAAAGGUCUUGUUCUCCAAGGCGGUGACCCUUGGAAUGACGAAGACGGAGCGUUAGAGGAGAUCUACAUUGCGAAGGAUUCAGGAGCUGUGAUAGAAGGCGAAGCAGCCAUAUAAGAAGGGGAGGAAAAAUUCCGGUUGGUGAAAUGCAUUAAUGGUCUCCUGUUUUGCAAAUGAACUUGGAUGAUGAAGUAGCGGGAUUGUGGCCAAGGGUGCUGCUUCUGGGCGUUUUCUUGGAGUUUUAUUCUAUUGUAAUAUGCACACCUUUCGUGAUGAGUGAGAAGAAUCCAGGAAAAGAAUUAUUCUGAAUGUUCCCCGCUGAAACUUGUCUUGGGAUAGUAGUAAUAAAUAUUUACCUGGUAUUAAGUUAUUUUUUACGCAAAGAGCAACUAGGGAACCUAACUAGGUGUGUUGGUG